AUAAAAGCGACAGAAUAUCCAACAGUUUAGAUAUAAAAAUUAUAAUUACUUUUGGUUUUGGUUGUUGUUAUUGUCGUUAUUUCACUGGAAUCGACAAGAAAUCUAUUCUCAGUUAUUAUUGCUUUCUAUACAACCGUUUAUAUCGACCGAAAUAAUGUACGGAUUUGUUAACCACGCGUUGGAACUGCUGGUCAUCCGAAACUUCGGCGACAAGAUAUGGGAACAAAUCAAGAAAGAGGCCGAAGUGGAAAUGGAGGGCGCAUUCCUCGUCCGACUUAUAUAUGACGAUGAAAUCACAUAUAAUUUGGUCGAAGCGGCCGAAAGAGUAUUAAAAAUCCCGGCCAACGCUAUACUGGAGAUGUUUGGCGGUAUGUUCUUUGACUUUUGCCAGGAGUCGGGCUAUGAGAGCAUUUUGCAAGUGUUGGGCGCCUCUCCCCGCGAUUUCCUCCAAAAUCUGGACGCACUUCACGACCAUUUGGCCACAAUAUACCCGGGAAUGCGGGCGCCGUCCUUCAGGUGCACCGAAGACCCGCAGACCGGGACUCUUAUACUGCACUACUAUAGCGAGAGGGAGGGACUCGAGCCCAUUGUGAUCGGUAUUGUGAAG